AUGGCAGCAGCCACGGAGAGUAAUCUCGAUGUCGACUGGCUCCUGCGCUCCAAGAAAGACCUUGCUCACUUGGCCGCAGAGAGGAGCAGUCGACAGAAAGAGUCGCCAGCAUCCACCGCACCUCAUGCGAACCAGCCCGAUCCUAAACCAGUCCAGGGCCAGCCUCGGACCGGGCAGACACCGUUGAAGGAGUCGCAGAAUGGAGCAGGACAACCAACCAUACAGCAGCCGAAGCCCGCCGUCACUGUCAAUGGCAAAGAGAACAAUGUGCAGCCCACUGUGCAGAAGACCAGCCCGCUCCCAGCCCAGCACACACAGAAUCACCCGACGCGGCCUACCUUACUGAAAGGUCAAAGCACCGAGGAUAGCAAGAAGGGUUUGAAACCAGGCACUCCAAAGAAGGAGGGAAGGAGGAGUUCAUGGAUUUCGAGCUUCAGUUCCAAGUUCUCGUCGUCCCCGACCCCGUCCCGGAACUCCAGCGUCGACGUGCAGCAAGCAAACAAUGGCCUGACCGCAUCGCCUCAGCCAAGUCCGAAGGUGGAAACGACCAACCCGUUUGAGAAGAACAAAUCAGCGAAGGAUGGGCAGAAGGAAAACAAGAAAGAAGACCCUAAACCUGUUGUUACACCUCUGACACCCCGGAGACCCUCGGUCCUGGUCGCUGCUGGAAAAGAAACCAAGCUAGAGCAUCCUGGGUUCUUGUCAAGUGCAUUGCGGAGGCUCUCCUCCUCUUCGAAUGCUAACAUGGGUAAAAGUGCUACCAACGGCGCCGUCUGUCCGCGGAGGAUCAUGAAUGUUGACCAUAACCGCGAGCGCAUCAAGAUCAGCGAAUUUGACCAGAACAAGCUCAAGAGAGUGGCCUUCUGCGUUGACGUCGAAAUCGCUGGGUUCUCUUCCCAGGCAGACGAAGAGCCCGAACACUUCAACAAACCGCCGGUCUCAAGUACAUUGAAGCAGAGUGUCUCAACGUCACCUGACAAGGAACCCACGAAGGACUCAAAAGAUGCCCGAAUGAAGGAAAAGGGUGAAGGGGCUGCACUCAAAAGCCCGAAACCUCCGGCGGAAGAGAAGGAAUCCUUAGAGCAACCUCGCCCCGAGCCAAAGCCUCCACUCCCCGAGGAGACGAAGGAGAAGGAAACGCAGGCUGCGGAGACCUCAGCCUCGUUACAAGGUCCGGACCCUCCGGCAGCACCGGGAACGCGCAAGAAAGAGAAAAAGAAGCGUUCAGAGGCCGAGCGGAAGGAACGAAAAGAGCGCAAAAGAAGACACGCAGAGGCGAACGGGUUGGUGCCGUUAGAAUUGACUAGAGACGAUGACGACUCAGAUUCGAUUUACAGCAGCACACCUCCAGGAGCCUCAACACCAAGCAAGCGAGCCCCGGAAGGUGGUGACGGCCGCACAACGGACCCUCUCCGGAUAUACAAACGGUGCUGCCAGCUCCGCGAAACCACCGUCCUAAGCCGAGUCAAAGAGCAGAUUUCAAAACCCACGGCGACUCUGGCGGAAGCACCUGGCACGGUAGCAGUCAUGGAUCUCUCAGGUUUCCAGAUGCAGCUCCCGGAUAUCGUCACCUUGGGCGACUGGCUCGCGGUGGUACCUGUCCGCAAGCUUGUGUUGGACAAUUGCGGUCUCACGGACGAAGGUGUGCGUGUGAUCUUGUCUGGCCUUUCCAGCUGCAAAUCUGUCGAACAGGCCCGCCAAAACAGAAGAUUACCGAAGAGACUCAGCGGAAAGCAGGGCAGAGAGCAGAUGGGCGUGAUAGAGAGACUGUCCUUGAAAGACAAUCAAGGCAUUACCAACCUCGGCUGGAGACAUAUUGCGCUGUUCAUGCAUAUGUCGCGGUCCCUCAGGGCCAUCGAUCUGUCAGGUAUACAAUUUCCCAAGUCGACAGAUCUCUCGCGGACGAUUUCGACGACGAGCUCGAACAGCAGCGCGGCAAACGGAAACUCGACCCUAAUGGACCUGGGCUCUCUGAUCAUUUACGCAUUGUCCGAGCGACUAGGCGAUAGGUUGGAGGAGCUUGUUCUCAGCGGUUGCGGUCUGUCCACCACCAACAUCCGGGAUCUCGUGGAUUGCGCCAUCAAGUGCAAGAUCCGGAGACUGGGACUGGCAGCCAGCAAUCUUGGUGAGGAAGGACUGGGCCACUUGGUCCGAUACAUGAAGUCGGGCCACUGCGAGGGCUUAGAUCUCAGCAGUAACGACCUGCAUGGCAUUGCGCACAUACUCGCAGAAGCGGCCACCAGUGAUUGUCCCUUGUUUGCUAUCAGCUUGUUGGACUGCAAUCUGACGCCGGAGGAUCUGACCUCGAUACUGAUCCCUUUCGCGCGACUGAAGAACCUUAAAUUCAUCGACCUGUCCCGCAACAUGGCAUUGUUCAACAGCACCCCGAACGCGGUGCCUGUCUUCCGGAAGCUACUCCCCAAGUUGGCGCCCUUGAAGCGUCUGCACCUUUCAGACGUUGGCAUGACACCUGAACAGGCGAUUGCAAUCGCUGAAAUCCUGCCGGAUUGUCCAUCAAUGGCUCAUCUCAGCAUCCUUGACAAUGCUCCGCUGGUACACAGCAUGAAUUCGAAAGAAGAAGGCUCGCAAGAGGAAGCUUGUGCAUUUUUCGCUUCGUUGAUGACAGCGGUCAGAGUCUCAGAAACCAUUGUUGCCGUCGAGAUCGAGGUCCCUUCUGCAGACAGCAGCGAAGUCGUCAAAGCCCUGGCCUCGCAGGUCAUGGCGUAUACCCUGAGGAAUAUGGAGCGCACAACUCUGGACGAAGUAGGCGUCAAGCCUGAUGACCAUGCCGAGAAGGCGCCGGAAGUUCUCCUACAGCUGGUCGGAGACAUGGAAGGCUAUUCGGAGACCCUUGAUCGGGAUGAGCUAGCAGCUGAUGAAGACUACAUGAUCGCCUCCACGGGUAUCGUCAAGGCUCUAGGUGUCUGCUUGGAUCGUAAGGAUGGCAACAGUCGAGCACAUUCUAGGAACAUUAGCCCUACCGCCAGUGGUUCUUCCACUCCAAGGGGACCGUUUCGGCAAGCAACAGUGUCAAAACCCCGAGAUGUCAGCCUGGAGCUGUGUGAGAGUGCGAGGAAAAUUCGGCGAAGGUUACAGCCCGUUCUUGUCAAAGAAGACCGGGCUGGAAACCAUGAAAACUAUCGCCGCCUCUUUCUCCUUGAUCAGACCCUUCAGCGCAUGAUCAAAAGGUUCGAGGACGAGUACCCGGAGACCAAAGUCGUGGCGGCCUCCCCGCCAAUGGCAAAUGGGAUGCCUUCACCUGACCCAUCAGUGGAUGCCUCGCUGCUAUCUGCCUCGAUUGAUUCGAGUGGAGUCAUGAAGGUGACCGAUGCAGAAGGAUACUUCCCCUCCGAGAGCCCGCCCAAAGAUGAUUACGCACUCAAACUGUCCCGGACUUCGUCUAACACGUCACUCGCGGCCAAAGCAUUCACGGAUGAAGAAGGCCGUAUGCACCGCUUUGGUCAGACCAUUCGUAGGGAAGUCCUUAAGCCGACAGAAAUGGACGAUCAUCUGCACGGAACCCACGCGAGUGAUUCUGAUCCACCCCACAUCGCUGCCUUGCGCGCAAAACUCGAAGAGCUCAAGGGUGAGGACAUUCGAUAUAGGGUGGAAAAAGAAGGCGCUGACAACGUUGUCCGGGAGCUGGGUAUCAAUGCGCAAGAGCUGCUUAUGCUGAGGGAACAAGAUCCCAAGGGCUUUGAAGCGUUCAGGGAGAGCCAGUUGGCGGCCCAGAUCAAUGCUGGGCUGAUACCCCGGGAGUGA